AUGAGCUUUCAGUCUAGAGAAGAGGUGCGAAGACAGAAGCAACUAGAAGAAGCCCGUAAGGCGGGUACAGCAGAAGCAGAGAGAGACGAAGAAGCUGCUUAUACUAAUAAGUCUCUUGCUGCUGAUGAGAUAAUUGCUGCUGAGCCUAAACUAACAUACGACGCAAAGAGAGACAGAUACGGUGGAUAUACAGGGGACGAUUUUAUGCUGCAGAUUAAAGAAUAUGAAGCAGCACAACUAGAAAGAAAAAAACAAAAACAAAGAGAGCAGCAGCACUUGCUGCAGCAGCAAGAACCUGCUGCUGCAGAAAGGAGACAGCUCAAGCAGCAGCGUAGACUUAGGAGACAGAAACGUAGAGCUGAAAAAUUAUUAAAACAACAAAAAAAAGAAGAAAAACAAGCAGCAAAGAAAGCUGCAGCAGAAGCUGCAGCAGCAGCAGCAGCAGCAGCAGAAGCACAAGCCGCAGGAGACGACCCUGAAGCAGCCGCAGCAGCAGCAGAAGCAGCAUCAGCAGCAGCAAAAGCAGCAGCAGCAGCCGAAGCAGCAGAAGAUGAAGAAGAGAGUGAUGAAGAAGAAAGAGAUAGCGAUACAGAUAGCGAUACAGAUACAGAUACAGAUAGCGAUGGCUCAAAUGAAGAAGAAGAUAAGGGUUACUCAGGGAUAAAACUAAAAGAGUUUGAUAAAACAUCAGCCCCAGUAGAGUGUACAGACGAACGCAGCAGGAUAAAUACUAGAGACCUACGUAUCCGUGAAGACACUGCUAAGUAUCUUCUUAAUCUUGAUCUUAACUCUGCUUUCUACGACCCUAAGAGCAGAAGCAUGCGCGAAGACCCGUUCAAGCAUCUUAGUCAGCAAAUCAAACCUACUUUCAGAGGCGACAACGCCCUUCUUCAAGCGGGAGAAGUUAAAGCUACCCAGCAACUACAACUGUUUGCUUGGGAGGCGUAUAAGCACGGCCAAAAUGUACACUUCAAUGCGCAACCAACUCAACUCGAAUUCCUCUAUAAAGAACAUCAAAAGAAAAAAGCUCAAAUAGAAACAGAAAAACAGAAAAAUAUCUUUGAUACAUACGGAGGCAAAGAGCAUUUAGUCGCAGACACCCGAGUGCUCUACGCCCAGACUGAAGCCUAUGUUGAAUAUUCUAAGGAUGGGAGGAUAUUAAGAGGCAGACAACGAACAUUAACAAAAUCAAAAUACGAAGAAGAUGUGCUUCAGGGCUCUCAUACUUCUGUCUGGGGUUCUUAUUAUGAUGUAGCUACAAGCAAAUGGGGUUAUGCAUGCUGCCGCUUAACCUCUUUUGCUGCUGAAUGCACAGGACGGCUUGAAGAUAACAUUACGAUGGAGUCACUGGGCCUCACCUCUUCGGAGGCAGCAGCAGCACCUGCUGCUGCUGCUGGUGCUGCUGCUAAGGGGGGUGCAAGUGCUGCUGCUGCAGCUCCCGCUGCAGCAGAUCAUGCAGCAGAAGCACGCGAUGCCGCAGAAGAAUGA